AUGAGCACAGCCCACCGCUCGUCGCGGAUUUUGGUUGUCUCACCCUCAGCUCUUGUUAUUUCGGCGUCGAGAACUCGUUCAUCGAGUGUUGGAAAGACGUCGCUGAUGAACCAGUAUCCUUCAUCAUCCUCUUUGUUUGUCUUCUCUGUAAAUCUAAGCCUUCUAUCUACAUUUAGUGGUCUCUUAAACCUCACCAUUAGAUAUGUGCACAAAAAGUUCACGCAGCAGUAUAAGGUCACCAUUGGCGCUGAUUUUGUCACCAAGGAAAUUCUAGUUGAUGACAGACUCGUUACCUUGCAGAUUUGGGAUACUGCAGGACAAGAAAGAUUCCAGAGUCUUGGUGUUGCAUUCUACAAAGGAGUUGACUGCUGCGUCUUGGUCUAUGAUGUUAAUGUUCGAAGAUCAUUUGACACUCUUGAUAAUUGGCAUGAUGAAUUUCUUAAUCAGCUUUUUGAUGUUGUGAAAACAGGAUGUGAAUCACAUAUCCUUUUUAGACUUGAACAUCUUGAUAUCAGUGAUAUAGGAUCUUAUACAUAA